AUGUUUGGUCUACUGCGUCCCAAAUCAUUCGGCAAUGUAUUUAAAUCAGUUAGCCGCAUCCUGCCGCAGCUACGUACGUACGUCUCGCCGGCUAUAAAUCAAUUGUUGCAAUUGCAGCAAACCGAAAUAUGUGCCGAUCCACCGUCACGCGGUUUAAUUUUGGGCGUCUAUGCCGACGAGGACGAUAAGACAGAUGCGGGUAUCUUGACGCCGUCUGCCUGGCGGUAUAAUGUACAAAAGACAGCUGGCCGUCUACUGGAGGUAUUGCGCAUGUCGGGACCGAUGCCGAAGCGUGGUGAAGCGCGUAUUUUAUUCGCUGUUGAACCAGAAAAAGUACCCUACUACUCAGCUGUGGCCGUUGUGGGUUUAGGUAAGGAAUGUUUAGGCUAUAAUUCGUAUGAAGUGCUCGAUGAACAAAAGGAGGCGAUACGUAGAUCUGUGGCUAAAGCGGCUAUGGAGUUAGCGUAUCUUGAUACUGAAAAGAUUGAAGUUGAGAACUGUGGUCAUGCCGAAUCGGCUGCCGAGGGUGCUGCUCUAGGUAUAUGGGCCUAUCAAGAACUAAGAGAAAUCAAGCGCCGUAUAGUCGUUCCGGCAAUCGAUUUAUACACGCACAAAGAUGAGCUUUGUGAUAUUGAAGGCUGGCGAAUCGGUUUACAAAAGGCCGCUGCGCAAAAUCUAACCCGACAGUUACAAGAAAUGCCGUCCAACUUGCUCACACCCACCGCUUUUGCACAAACAGUUGUCGAAGUGCUAUGUAAGUCGGGUGUAAAUGUCGAGGUGAAGGUGGAGGGCUGGGCCGAAUCUCAAUCUAUGCACGCUUUCUUAUCGGUGGGUAAGGCCUCUUGUGAGCCACCAAUUUUUCUAGAGCUGAGCUACUACGGUACCUCGGCCGAGGAGCGUCCAAUAGUUUUGGUAGGACAAGGUAUCACUUAUGACUGUGGUGGUCUCUGUUUGAAGAAACUACAGGAAUUAUUUCAUAUGCGUGGCGACAUGACGGGAGCGGCUGUGGUAGUGGCUGCAUGUAGAGCGAUUGCGGGUUUACGUUUACCGGUAAACAUACGUGGUUUGAUUCCACUUUGCGAAAACGUUAUGGGCUGUAAUUCGUUCCGACCCGGUGACAUUACCAAAGCUAUGAAUGGCAAACAUAUUAAAGUUCAGGGUACAGAUCAUGAGGAUGUGCUAGUGUUAGCCGAUGCGCUCUUGUACGCGCAAAAUUUUUGCCCCAAGUUUAUUGUGGAUAUUGGUACUACUUCGGGUAUGAUGCGUAACGCUUUGGAUGAAGCUGCUUGCGGCGUCUUCACUAACUCGGAAAUUCUUUGGCAACAAAUCAAACAUGCCAGCAUGCAUACUGGUGACCGAGUAUGGCGUUUCCCAUUAUGGAAUUUCUAUACUAAGCAAGUAACAUCAGGUGGCUCAAGCGACGUGCAGAACUAUGGAUUGGGACGUGGUGGACGCCCAUGUAAAGCGGCUGCUUUCUUGAGAGAGUUUGUGCCAUGUGGUCAGUGGAUGCAUAUCGAUGCCACUAACGUCAUGGUGACCAAUGGUAAGGCUUUCGAGUAUAUACGCAAAGGUAUGGCCGGUAGGCCCACACGCACUUUGAUAGAGUUCAUAGCACAGACCAUAUGCAAAGAUACAGCGCCAAAAUUGAACGUCAAAAAGUAGGUGACAACAAAACUAAGCCAUGAAGACAGCCUGAGAACGGAUGAGUGAUAUAUAUUAUUUUUCAAAAAUUGAUGUGUGUAUUGUAACGCGUAUUCGUACCGUAAUUCGUAAAUAGCAAAUGCAAAUUAACUGUUCAAAUAUGUCUGCUAACAAUAACUUUUAGUGAAUAAAUAUAGGGCACGGUCCCAGAAUAUAU